AUGGAAACAAUGAGCGGAACAUUCCCCGAUGGAUACCAUCGUCGUUGUCAAGAGUGGACGGUUGGCUCACUUGAGGCAUUGGAACACGAGGAAAUUGUCCCUCGAGGCACAGCUAAAUACUGGGAAAGGAAUGUCGGGAAGUCUUCUCCCUCCAUUGGCCGUCGCCUUGAGAGUGACGGGCUGUCUUGGAUCCCAAAGGAAGGGGCCGGAGAACGCUACGAAGGAGCCGUCGAUGCAAGAUUUGGAGACAAGUCCAAACGUCCUCCUGUGGGCAAGUUGAAUCCUGCCAAAUCUUCGCGUCUCCUUGGAUAG